AUGUAUGGUGGUAAUCCCUAUGUUCUUAGAGAAUUAGCAUCUGAUAUGUGGAUUGAAAGAAAUGUUCCCGGUGGAUUAAACAGUCGAUGGGGUUCAUAUCUUGAUAAUAUGAUGGGUGGAAAUCCAAAUCCAACAUUUGCACAACGAUUUGGCGGUUAUGGUGGUUAUGGUGGUUAUCCUGGUUAUGGUAGCGGUUAUGGUUAUUCAUACGGAAGAUGGUAUUAG